CGGUGCAGGUUAGUGCGUCAUGCGGCUACAGAAGGUGAAUGAGUGACUGCUGAGAAUCAAUCAGUAACUGGCCACCUGUGGGUCAUGUGCCUGCGAUGCAGCGCCGCUGAUUUAUUGGUAUUCUUAAAGCGUCUUACACGAGCGCAUGAAGUGAGGAAGGCGACCGCGAGCUUUGCGAUGGACGCCACGCGUUUACGCGUUAUAUUAGACGCGCGGCGAGCGGACGUAACUGGUGGCGAGGCUGGCGUUCCGUUGUAGUAUCGAUGAAAGGACGCGAAAAGUGAGAUUUCGCUCUCAAAUCAUCGCGAAAGGAAACGUCUUCCUCGCUCUUUGCGGAUUCGGAUGGCAACAGAUUGAGGCGCAUUGGACUCCAGACUGAGAGGAUGAUGCUGGUUUAGAUUGUUUAUCAUCUUCGUGAUCACAAUGUACAAGUGUUGCAAACAAAUACGCUAUUGAUAGCCAUGUAAUAGCGGGAGGAAUGUUCAGUUCAGGUUACUUUUCCGUGGAAAUCGGCGUCGCUCAUCUGGAUUAACUCUUCAGGAAGAUAUGAUUCACCUAGUCACUUUUAUGAGCCUCGUUCUGUCUCUGUUUGGAUGCCACAUCUGCUUUGCAGGGGCGAACCGCCCUGCUGCUCCUGUCAAUGUCUCUGUUACUCACCUGCGGGCGGAUUCGGCCACCGUGUCCUGGAAUAUUCCGGAGGGAGAGACCGUAAUUGGCUUUGCCAUCUCACAGCAGCGUCAGGAUGGGCUGAUGCAGCGUUUUAUUCGUGAGGUGAACACGACCAGUCGUGCUUGUAUACUUUGGGAUCUGGAUGAAGACACGGAUUAUAUUAUCCAGGUCCAGUCUGUUGGACUCUAUGGAGAGAGUCUGGCCAGCAAAAAGGUUCACUUCAGGACGCUUAAAAAGUCAGAACAUUUUCAAUCCACCAUGAUGGAUCAAGAUGACCCUGCGGUUGAGGGUUUAGACAUUUCCAGACACCUUCAGACUGGAGAGAUACUGAUCAUUAUGACUGUACUGCUGAUGUGGGCAGCUGUGAUUGUGCUCUUCUGUAAGCAGUAUGAUAUCAUCAAAGACAAUGACUCCAACAACCACAGUAAAGAGAAGAGCAAGCCGCUGUCUGGCCAGAGCACGCCAGAGUAUCAUAACGGAGGCCUGCUGGGCAGCAAGUUCCAAAGGACCUCAUCCUCUGUCAGCAUCAUCAAGGUUUAACCAUAGAUCAGCGGAUAUCAUCUUCUGAUAUUCAAGCGUUAAAGGCAAUAGUAACGUGAACCCCUCAGCCUCAUCGGGAAUUGUAAGUUAGUAUACGGGUAUUCAGUAGUACAGUAUACUCCAAUAAAUAACAAUGUCCUGGACGAUGAACAUGCUGUACCUCUUUAACUAAUACAUCAACUGUAAUCACAGGAGGAGCUAUAUCGGUGCUAUGAAUAUGAUUGUGAAAACACUGGCAGCCGGAUACAGCGGUUUAGAUGUGUGACGUUUUUGUGUUUGAACGUGUUGCACUGAAAGAGGACUAAUAAUUGUAACAAUUACAAAUGUGGCAUUUCUCAUCAAUAAAUGUGUAAAUUAUGACAAUAAAUUCAUCAGCCACAGAAGUGGCCUUAUAUUAUGCAUUAUUAAUUUCUAACCACAGUGAACAGAAUGGCAAUGGCUUGUUUUAUGUUUUUAAGUAUUAACACUGUUAUUAAAUGUUUCACACCCUUG